GCAGCAAACACGAGGGGGCGACACGUGGCUAAUCGGAGCCAUGUGGCUCCUGCGGCCACAAGUCGCUCCGGUGAAGUUUGCAGGAAGGAUCGCGCUCGCUCAGUCGAGGAGAGACACGGAGAAGGGGAAAGUGUUUGCUGGGCUCCAGCGAGGAGGACACGGACAGAAAGCAGGGCAGACGCAGACAGCUUUCACCCGCACUCACAUCUGUCUGGGGAUUUAGUUGCGCUUCAAAAGAGCGGCUGGAAAAAGAAAAAAAAAACCCACAGCGCAACCUAAAAAAAAGUCGUGCUUUUUGUUUUAUGCUGUGUAUAUAUCUUUUGGAAGGCGCUUGAUACUGAAGUCUUUGAGUGUAGUGGAUACGGAGGUUUUUUUUUUUUUUAACGCAGCCGGAGGAAUGUAUCCAACUCGGGCCGCGUCGGGCCAGCGCGUCUGGAGAUGUCCGCAGUGCGCGCUGUGGAUCGCGCUGCUCCUCCAAAGCGUGUUGGACCUGAGCGCGUCUGGGUCUGAGUCUCCCCAAGACCCCAGUGUGAUAGCUGCCACUUCAUGGAACGGCUCUAGUGACGGGCCGUCCUUCAUACGUCUCGAAGCCCCCAUGAACAACAUCACCACCUCCCUGGGCCACACGGCCGACCUCUUGUGCCGCGUGUCCGGCAACCCGCAGCCCUCCGUGCGCUGGCUGAAGAACGACGCCCCGGUGGUGCAGGAGCCGCGGCGGAUCUCUCACCGGUCCAUGCCGUACGGGUCCCGCCUCCGCAUCCGCAACCUGGACACCACAGACACGGGUUACUUCCAGUGCGUGGCCAGCAACACCCAGGGCACGGUGUCCACGACAGGCGUGCUCUUUGUCAAAUUCGAUCCACUCCCUACACUUCUGGCAGGAAGGCCAACGGAGGAUUUUGAUGAAGAAGGGUUCUGCCAGCCGUACAGAGGAAUAGCGUGCGCCCGCUUCAUUGGGAACCGCAGCAUCUUCGUCGACUCGUUUCAGAUGCAGGGAGAGAUCGAGACCCAGAUCACAGCGGCGUUCACCAUGAUCGGGUCAUCCAACCACUUAUCUGAUCGUUGCUCCCAGUUUGCCAUCCCGUCCCUCUGCCACUUUGCCUUUCCCACCUGCGACCGGAGCUCUGGAAGCGACAGGCCUCGCGACCUGUGCAAGGACGAGUGCGAGAUCCUAGAGAACGACCUAUGCAAGACGGAGUACAUCAUCGCCCGCUCAAACCCCCUCAUCCUGAAGAGGCUGAAGCUGCCCAACUGUGAGGACCUGGCCGCCUUCGACAGCCCGGAGGCCGCCAACUGCCUGAGGAUCGGCAUCCCCAUGGCCGAGCCCAUAAACAAGAAUCACAAGUGUUUCAACAACAGCGGGACGGACUACAGAGGGACGGUCAGCGUGACCAAGUCGGGCCGUCAGUGUCAGCCGUGGAACUCUCAGUACCCGCACAGUCACACCUACCUGGCCAUCCGCUACGCCGAGCUGAACGGCGGACACUCGUACUGCCGCAACCCCGGGAACAAACUCGAGGCGCCCUGGUGCUUCACGCUGGACGAGGGCGUCCGCAUGGAGAUCUGUGACAUACCCGUCUGUGACCAUAAAGAGAAGUCUGGCGGCAGCAACAUGGAGAUCCUGUACAUCCUGGUCCCCAGUGUAGCCAUCCCGUUGGCCAUCGCCUUGCUCUUCUUCUUCAUCUGCGUGUGCCGCAACAACCAGAAGUCCCCGAGACCUCCUGCGCCGCGCCAGCCCAAACCGGUCCGGGGACAAAACGUUGAGAUGUCCAUGCUCACCACGGCAUACAAGCCCAAGAGUAAAGCCAAAGAGCUUCCCCUGUCGGCUGUGCGUUUCAUGGAGGAGCUUGGAGAGUGCACUUUAGGGAAGAUCUACAAGGGUCACCUGUAUCUGCCGGGCAUGGACCAGGCACAGCUUGUGGCCAUAAAGACCCUGAAGGAUAUUUCCAAUCCACAACAGUGGGUCGACUUCCAGCAGGAGGCUGCUGUGCUGACGGAGCUGCAGCACCCACACGUGGUGUGCCUUCUGGGUGUGGUGAUCCAGGAGCAGCCCGUCUGCAUGCUCUUUGAGUUUUUGCCCCUGGGGGACCUCCACGAGUUCCUCAUCAUGCGCUCGCCCCACUCUGACGUCGGCUGCAGCAGCGAUGAGGACGGCACUGUGAAGUCCAGCCUGGAUCACGGGGACUUCCUGCACAUGUCCAUACAGGUGGCAGCUGGGAUGGAGUACUUGGCCAGCCACUUCUACACCCAUAAAGACCUCGCAGCUCGGAACAUUUUAGUAGGCGAGCAGCUCCAAAUCAAGAUCUCCGACCUCGGUCUCUCCAGAGCAAUCUACUCCUCAGACUACUACUGCCUCCAGCCCAAAACCCUGCUGCCCAUCCGCUGGAUGCCCCCAGAGGCCAUCGCGUACGGCAAGUUCACGUCAGACUCUGACAUCUGGUCCUUCGGAGUUGUGCUGUGGGAGAUCUUCAGCUACGGUCUGCAGCCCUAUUACGGCUUCUCCAACCAAGAGGUGAUGGAGAUGGUGAGAAAGAGGCAGCUGCUGACCUGCCCCGAGGACUGUCCCCCGAGGUUUUAUGGUCUGAUGACGGAGUGCUGGCAGGAGGGACCAACGCGCCGAACGCGCUUCAAGGACAUCCACCUCCGGCUGCGAGCCUGGGAGGGGCUGUCCUCCCACGCCAGCUCCAGCACUCCCUCGGGCGGUGGAGGCAACGCCACCACCCAGACCACCUCGCUGAGCGCCAGCCCCGUGAGCAACCUCAGCAACCCCCGCUACGCGGCUGCUGCCGCCGCGGCUGCAGGUUACCUCUACCCGGCCCAGGCCAUCGCCUCCCCGGGCCAGAUGGGCCCUAUUCAGGCCUGGACGCCCAUGGCCGUGACGCAAACCCACCAGCGCUUCAUCCCCGUCAACGGGUACCCGAUCCCGCCAGGGUACGCCGCCUUCCCCGCCCACUUUCCACCGGCCCAACCAACCAGGGUGGUGCAGCAUCACCUGCCGCCGCCCAAAAGCCGCUCGCCCAGCAGCGCCAGCGGCUCCACCAGCACGGGUCACGUGAGCGGAGUGCAUUCCACCACGGGCUCCAACCACGACGCCAACACGCCGCUGCUCUCCCACUGCAUCAUGCCGGGGAGCAGCGGGGGAGCGGUUCAGGUGUACGGACAGGUUGGCCAGAAGGGAGUGGGACAACUGGACCACGCAUCGCAAAAGGCGCUGCUUGCCGCGGAUUCUGACGCGCUAAUGUACAACGACUCGUCGGUCAUCACCGCAGGCCUGUAGAUAGACUCUUUCUGCCCGGGACCCACAUUUGAGAAGUUUAGUGUCUAACAUGGGGAGCCAGUCUAACGUUUUCUGCUCUAGACACGCGGAGGCCCAACAGAAACCAGCCGGAAUGCACAUUUUGACUGUGCAAGAAGCACUGCCACAGCUACACAAGUAUAGCCACAGCUGUCUGAUUUGUAACGCCUUAUUGUUAGAAGCAUGUGUACCCACCGCCAUGGUUUGAAAACGUUGUGUUAUUAUUUUAACCUCUGUGUAAAUACGGUACAUACGUCCUGAAAGAAUGAGUGGAAUUCAAAGAUAUAUAUUCAAGAACUUUUUUAUUAAGGAAUAGAUUUUGAAAUUGAAGCCCAUCCUAGGAAGUGGUUUGCGUCCCAGUGGGGCAGGAAGUUACUGCGUCAACAAACAGUUACUGGACUGUUUCAUGCAGGAUUUGAAGGAAACGCUGACACUCACACCUGGACUUUUACGCUCCUUUCAGCUGCGGUGGGACUUUUAGCAUUUAGCAAUUGAUAACCCAGCGAUCCGAUGUGGGAGCAGCGAUGAGAACCAGUUGAGCAGCCUUCACUGGGAAGAGCAACAUCGACCUGCUCAAAUAUACCGACAGCCUUUUGGGUUUCACGUAUUGCAGACAGGUGAUGGCCACCCAUCAAAGCAUCUGAACUUCCAACAGAAAACAGGUGGUUAGUUGGCAAGAGCACCUGAAUGUUAUUUUGUGCAACCUCGGUAAGACUAUCUGACACUAUUGCAAUGUGGACGCAGGCCUGUUUGCCUUUUAUUUCAAACAUCAGUAAACAGAGAGAAACCAGGAAGUGCUUCAGAUUGGACAAUAAACAUACAAAGGACAUGGCAUCUAUCAAUCAAAAGUUGAGGAACUCCUACAGCUCCUGCACCGCUGAACUGGUCCCGUCUCAGGGCACAAAGACUUCACGCACCACACGAGGGCUUGAAUAAAUGUACCGUCAGUGAUGUAAAGCUACAACAUGAGAACAUUUUUACUGUACUUUUUUUUUUUUAUCUGAGAGUUUGAUUUGAAUUUUGAAGGAAUUUUAUUCACAGGGCUUGUCUUUAUGUCUUUGUCCUUUUCUGUUUUGCAGCGCCUGUGCUCAAAAACCCUCCUGCUACUCCUCAGAGCAAGGAGGGUUACAACAAAUUAAGGCUCAUUGUAGAUCAAUACAAAGAUCCGCCACAUGAACAAAAAGGCUACGAAGAGUAUAUUUGAAGUGCUUACACUCAUAAUUUCCUCUCGCCUGAACAGAGUGACCUUAAUGCGUGUUAUUUGCAUGAGCAGGGUUAAGACUGUAUCACCGUCUAAACAGAGAUUUAUGUAGGUUUCUUUCAAUUAAAUUAAACUUCUCUCAAAGUGCAGCUGAAUUUGUUUUUCACCGUUCUGCUAGCAUGCAAUCAUUUAUAUUUUUUGAGGCAUUUAGCUGAAUAUCCUUUUGUGAUAUGACAUUUUUGGAGACUCAUCAGUUCUCAGUCCUGAUGAUGCCUCAGUCGUUUAGCGUGUAAUAGUUUAUUAAAAGCAAAGUAAAGUGAAUGUGACACUUUUCGUCAUGAGAAAAUAUAAGUCCCAGAACCGGCCGCAUCAACACAUGACUUUGUGAUCUUAUUUCUCCCGUACCUUCUGUGUAAGAGACAAUCAUCGCCUUUGAAUGUUUGUAAAAGCGUCCCAGACUGUACGUGUUGCACUUUUUCUCAGUCGGCUGCAUUAACCAAUCAAACACGCAUGUAGUAUGGCCUGUUGCCUGGAGAGCAACUUUUAAUGGUAAACGUUUUUGAGUUGACGUUUGUGGAAUGUAGAUAGACGAGACUGAAUUCUGUUCAUUAUUUAGUUAAUAUCCCAUUAAACAUUUACUACCUAAUUUUACUACAACAAAAGUAGCUGCUCCAAUUUAUUGCAGAAUGAGACAGUAUUAAAUUAGACUGUACCUCAGUUUACCCCGAGAUAAUUUAUUCAAACCAACUCUGAUCACCAGAGCAUGUUUGUUCCUCUUGUCAAAUUGAGUCUGAGAUUAUUUGACUCAUGUUAAGUUAAUUUGCCCAAUUGAGUUUUUAUUUCAUUGCUGUGUUUUGUCUCUUUAUCUUUUGUGUUCCUCUGAAGCAAAUCAAGCUACUUUGACAGUUUGUACACUUGACCUUCAUUCAACAUGUCAGCAUUUAUGUGUACUAAUAUAGCAGUGCAAAACCACUCGUACACAAGACUGUGAAUCUGAAUCAAGUCUCCAUAUUUUAGUAUUUUGCAAAACAACAAUAACAUGGUUGUGCCUUUUUUUCUUCUAAGUCAAAAUACAAGUAAAUGUAUAUUUCAAUAACAGUGUGCCUGAUUAAAGAGGGUUCACGCGCUUAUCCUUUUGACCAAGAAAGGCCUUGUCUUUGUAUUUUGUCUGAACAUUUUUGCACAGAUGUUUUGUACGGCAAACUCAUCUAUUAAAUGACGUUGUUUGGUUUA